UCCACCGUCGGGAGAAACUUUUCCCGUCCCGCGGUCGGAAAAUGGCGGCGUAGGGAGCGGGGCUCUGGCAUCCCGGCGGCUCCCGGCGCCAUGACCCGCUGGGUGCCCACCAAAAGGGAGGAGAAGUACGGCGUAGCUCUCUACAACUACGAUGCCAGGGGACCAGAUGAACUUUCCUUACAGAUUGGUGACACCGUGCACAUACUGGAAACUUAUGAGGGUUGGUACAGGGGUUAUACACUACGGAAGAAAUCCAAGAAGGGCAUAUUCCCUGCCUCCUAUAUCCAUCUUAAGGAAGCAAUCGUUGAAGGCAAAGGGCAGCACGAGACAGUGAUCCCCAACGAGCUGCCCCUGAUCCAGGAGGUCACCACCACGCUGAGGGAAUGGUCCAUCAUCUGGAGGCAGCUCUAUGUGCAGGACCACAGGGAAAUGUUCCGCAGCGUGCGGCACAUGAUUUACGACCUGAUUGAGUGGAGAUCCCAAAUCCUCUCCGGGACCCUGCCCCAAGAUGAGCUCAAGGAGCUGAAAAAGAAAGUGACUGCCAAAAUUGAUUAUGGCAACAGAAUUCUGGAUUUAGAUUUGGUGGUUAGAGAUGAAGAUGGCAACAUUUUGGAUCCAGAGCUGACCAGCACCAUCAGCCUUUUCAGAGCACAUGAAAUAGCUUCCAAGCAAGUGGAAGAGAGGCUACAGGAGGAAAAAUCUCAGAAGCAGAAUAUUGAUAUCAACAGACAAGCCAAGUUUGCUGCCACUCCUUCAUUUGCUUUAUUUGUAAAUUUAAAAAACGUUGUGUGUAAAAUAGGAGAAGAUGCUGAAGUCCUGAUGUCUCUGUAUGACCCACUGGAAUCCAAAUUCAUCAGUGAGAACUACCUGGUGAGGUGGUCGAGCUGUGGCCUGCCCAAGGACAUUGACCGACUGCACAACCUGCGGGCCGUGUUCACCGACCUGGGCAGCAAGGACCUGAAGAGAGAGAAGAUCAGUUUUGUGUGUCAGAUCGUGCGUGUGGGCAGGAUGGAGCUGCGGGACAACAACACCAGGAAGCUCACGUCAGGGCUGCGCAGACCCUUUGGGGUGGCAGUGAUGGAUGUUACCGACAUCGUUAACGGGAAGGUUGAUGAUGAGGACAAGCAGCACUUCAUCCCAUUCCAGCCGCUAGCGUUGGAUGACGCCAUUCGACACAAGCAGCUGAACAUAUCAUCCCGUUUUUCACCCAGGGUGGCAGGGGAGAAUGAUUUCCUGCAGACUGUUAUAAACAAAGUGAUUGCUGCUAAAGAAGUCAACCACAAGGGUCAGGGUCUGUGGGUGACUUUGAAACUUCUUCCAGGAGAUAUCCAUCAAAUUAGGAAAGAAUUCCCACAUUUAGUGGACAGGUCAACAGCAGUGGCUCGGAAAAUGGGCUUUCCUGAGAUUAUCAUGCCUGGAGAUGUUCGUAACGACAUCUACGUCACCUUGGUGCAGGGAGAUUUUGACAAAGGCAGUAAAACCACAGCAAAGAACGUGGAAGUCACAGUGUCUGUUUAUGAUGAAGAUGGCAAGAGAUUAGAGAGUGUUAUUUUUCCCGGUGCUGGUGAUGAAGCCAUCUCAGAGUACAAGUCAGUCAUCUAUUACCAAGUAAAGCAGCCUCGCUGGUUUGAGACUGUAAAGGUGGCCAUCCCCAUCGAGGACGUGAACCGCAGCCACCUGAGGUUCACCUUCCGCCACAGAUCCUCCCAGGACUCCAAAGAUAAAUCUGAGAAAAUAUUUGCUCUGGCAUUUGUGAAGCUCAUGAGAUACGAUGGGACAACUCUGAGAGAUGGAGAGCACGACCUUAUCGUUUACAAGGCAGAAGCCAAGAAGCUGGAGGAUGCCUCGACCUAUCUCAGUCUGCCAUCCACAAAAAUCGAGCUGGAGGAAAAGGGACACUCAGCAACAGGAAAGAGCAUGCAGAACCUCGGGAGCUGCACCAUCAGCAAAGACUCUUUCCAGAUUUCCACUCUGGUCUGUUCAACAAAACUUACCCAGAAUGUUGAUCUCUUGGGACUGCUGAAGUGGAGAUCCAACACGAGCCUCUUGCACCAGAACUUGAAGCAGCUGAUGAAAGUUGAUGGUGGUGAAGUGGUCAAGUUUCUUCAAGAUACACUGGAUGCCCUUUUUAACAUCAUGAUGGAGAACUCGGAGAGUGAGACCUUUGACACUUUGGUGUUUGAUGCUUUGGUAUUUAUCAUUGGACUGAUUGCUGACAGAAAAUUUCAGCAUUUCAACCCUGUUUUGGAGACUUAUAUCAAGAAGCAUUUCAGUGCUACCUUGGCCUACACAAAACUGACCAAGGUUUUAAAAACAUAUGUGGACAGUGCUGAGAAGUGUGGGAUCACUGACCAACUCUUCAAAGCCAUGAAAGCCUUGGAAUACAUCUUCAAAUUCAUUGUCCGGUCCAGGAUAUUGUUCAACCAGCUGUACGAAAACAAAGGAGAAGCAGACUUCAGGGACUCUCUGCUGCAGCUCUUUAAGUCCAUCAAUGAGAUGAUGAGCAGCAACUCUGACCAGACUGUCAUAGUGAAGGGGGCAGCACUUAAAUACUUGCCAGCAAUUGUCAAUGAUGUGAAAUUAGUGUUUGAUCCAAAGGAGCUCAGCAAGCUCUUCACAGAGUUCAUCCUGAACGUGCCCGUGAGCCGUUUGACCAUCCAGAAGCUCUAUUGCCUCAUCGAGAUCGUGCACAGCGACCUCUUCACCCAGCACGACUGCAGGGAAAUCUUGCUGCCAACAAUGACAGACCAGCUCAAGUAUCACUUGGAGAGACAAGAAGAUUUGGAGGCUUGCUGCCAGCUGCUGAGUAACAUCCUGGAAGUGCUCUACAAGAAAGAUGUGGGCCCCACACAACGCCAUGUCCAGAUCAUCAUGGAGAACCUGCUGAGGACAGUGAACAGAACUGUGAUUUCCAUGGGACGGGACUCAGAGCUCAUUGGGAGUUUCGUGGCCUGCAUGACAGCCAUCCUGAGGCAAAUGGAGGAUUAUCACUAUGCCCAUUUAAUCAAGACUUUUGGCAAGAUGAGGUCGGAUGUUGUGGAUUUCCUGAUGGAAACAUUCAUCAUGUUCAAGAACCUGAUUGGGAAGAACGUGUAUCCCUCGGACUGGGUGAUCAUGAACAUGAUGCAGAACAAAGUCUUCCUGCGAGCAAUUAAUCAGUAUGCAGAUAUGCUAAACAAAAAAUUCCUUGAUCAAGCCAACUUUGAGUUACAGCUCUGGAACAACUAUUUCCACCUGGCUGUUGCUUUUCUCACACAAGAAUCUUUACAACUGGAGAAUUUUUCAAGUGCUAAAAGAGCAAAAAUCCUUAACAAGUACGGGGACAUGAGAAGGCAGAUUGGGUUUGAGAUCAGGGACAUGUGGUACAACCUGGGUCAGCAUAAAAUCAAGUUCAUCCCAGAAAUGGUGGGGCCUAUCCUGGAAAUGACGCUGAUCCCAGAGACGGAGCUGCGGAAAGCCACGAUCCCGAUUUUCUUUGACAUGAUGCAGUGUGAGUUCCACUCCACCAGAAGCUUCCAGAGGUUCGAAAACGAGAUCAUCACCAAGCUGGAUCACGAAGUGGAAGGAGGCCGUGGAGAUGAGCAGUACAAAGUGUUAUUUGACAAAAUUCUCCUGGAGCACUGCAGGAAGCACAAGUACCUGUCAGCCCCGGGAGAGGUGUUUGCCCUGCUGGUCAGCAGCCUCCUGGAGAACCUGCUGGACUACCGGACCAUCAUGCACGACGAGAGCAAGGAGAACCGCAUGAGCUGCACUGUCAAUGUGCUGAAUUUCUACAAGGAGAUCGAGAGGGAAGAGAUGUACAUAAGGUACCUGUACAAGCUGUGUGACCUGCACAAGGAGUGUGAUAACUACACAGAGGCUGCCUACACCUUGCUCCUGCACGCCAAGCUCCUCAAGUGGUCAGAAGAAGCAUGUGCAGCACAUCUUACCCAGAGGGAUGGAUACCAAGCUGCUACUCAAGGACAGCUGAAAGAUCAGCUCUAUCAAGAAAUUAUCCAUUACUUUGACAAGGGCAAGAUGUGGGAAGAGGCCAUUGCCUUGGGUAAAGAACUUGCAGAACAGUAUGAAAAUGAAAUGUUUGAUUAUGAACAACUCAGUGAACUGCUGAGAAAACAAGCCCAGUUCUAUGAAAACAUUGUGAAGGUGAUACGACCAAAACCAGAUUAUUUUGCAGUUGGAUACUACGGCCAGGGAUUCCCAACAUUCAUAAGGAACAAGGUGUUCAUCUACCGGGGCAAGGAGUACGAGCGCCGCGAGGACUUCGAGGCGCGGCUGCUGACGCAGUUCCCCAACGCCGAGAAGAUGAAGACAACGUCACCCCCCGGCGAUGACAUCAAAAGCUCCUCUGGCCAGUAUAUUCAGUGCUUCACUGUAAAGCCCAAGCUGGAUUUACCCUCGAAAUUUCACAGGCCGGUGUCAGAGCAAAUCGUGAGUUUCUACAGGGUGAAUGAAGUCCAACGCUUUGAGUAUUCACGCCCUGUUCGAAAAGGAGAGAAAAACCCAGACAACGAAUUUGCCAACAUGUGGAUUGAGAGAACCAUCUACGUGACAGCCUAUAAAUUACCAGGCAUCCUCAGGUGGUUUGAAGUCAAAUCAGUUUUCAUGGUGGAGAUCAGCCCGCUGGAAAACGCCAUCGAAACCAUGCAGCUGACCAAUGAUAAGAUCAAUAACAUGGUGCAGCAGCACCUGAACGAUCCCAACCUCCCCAUCAACCCCCUGUCCAUGCUGCUCAACGGCAUCGUGGAUCCCGCCGUCAUGGGCGGCUUCGCCAACUACGAGAAGGCUUUUUUUACUGAAAAAUACAUGCACGAGCAUCCAGAGGAUCAUGACAAGAUUGAGAAGCUGAAGGAUCUGAUUGCUUGGCAGAUCCCAUUCCUGGCAGAAGGGAUCCGGAUCCACGGGGAGAAGGUGACGGAGGCCCUGAGGCCGUUCCACGAGAGGAUGGAGGCGUGCUUCAGGCAGCUGAAGGACAAGGUGGAAAAGCAGUAUGGGGCCCGCGCCAUCCUGUCCAGCCUGGAUGAGCGGCGGGGCAGCCGGCCCCGCUCCAUGGUCCGUUCCUUCACCAUGCCCUCGUCAUCCCGGCCGCUGUCCGUGGCCUCCGUGUCCUCGCUCUCCUCGGACAGCACUCCUUCCCGGCCCGGCUCCGAUGGGUUUGUGCUGGAGCCCCUCCUGCCAAAAAAGAUGCAUUCUAGGUCACAAGAUAAAUUGGACAAGGAUGACCUAGAUAAAGAUAAAAAGGAGAAGAAGAAGGAGAAGAGGAACAGCAAGCAUCAAGAGAUAUUUGAUAAAGAAUUUAAAUCUACUGAUAUUUCUCUGCAGCAGGCUGAAGCAGUGAUCCUUUCAGAAACGAUCAGCCCCCUGAGGCCGCAGAGACCCAAGAGCCAGGUGCUGAGUGCCAUGUCCAGCGAGCGGCGAUUCUCCGUGUCCCCAGCACCGCCCAGCUCCCAGCUCACCCCUCCUCCCAUCACCCCUCGGACCAAGCUGGCCUUCAGCAUCCAGCCCAAUCUGGAGCUGAAUGGGAUGUCCAGCUCCGACAGCCCCGACGUUCCCCCUCCUCUGCCCCUCAAAGGAAGCACGGCCGACUACGGGAACCUCAUGGAGAGCCAGGAUUUGAUCAGCCCCACCACGUCCCCCCCUGCCCACCAACGGCACCUGCCUCCUCCUCUCCCCAGCAAGACCCCGCCGCCGCCGCCCCCCAAGACGACGCGGAAGCAAACGUCUGUUGACUCUGGGAUUGUCCAGUGAAGAAGGAAGCGGGUUUUUUUCCAAAGAUAAAGCUGUAACAAUUCAUUUCCCUAAGUAUUUUAUGGUCUAUAAUGUUUACCUCAUUCAGGUGUGCAGUAUCUAACAUUUAGUGCAAUGAUAACUCUGUAAGAAAUCCGUUUCUCGCCAUGUGUCGGACCCAACACUACAUCCCCCUGUUUUUGGGGUUAUUCCCUCCCAUAACUUGAAUGAAAUCUGGAUUUCUACUUGAGACUGGGAGCUCUUUCAACUGUCAGAACCUUCUUCCUAAACCUUCUCCCUGCUUCUGGAUAACGCCAGGCACAGAGCUAAACGUGGAGAUCACAAUGAGAGCUGGAAAUUUUGUACCUAAAGAUUUUGGGUACUUCUGGAGUUUCAAAUGAGCAGAGUUUUUGUACCUAAUCUCAGUGUAUAUAGGAAUCAAUGACAAUAUUCUCAUGGAUUUCAGGGCAAGAGGAGGUUUCCCAGUGAGGUGAAGCUGCUGUAGGAUUUCUCUGAAUAACAGGGAUUGUGGCCCAGGGUUAAAAAUCAGACGCCACUGAUUUGUGAAAUGUGUUACAAAUAACCUGAUUGCAAUGAGCAAAGUGGAGACUUGGGGCUGUCUUGGCCACAGUGACCACGAUCAAAAGUUUAAAACCUCUGGUGAGAGGAGGCAAAGUGCCAGCAAAACCUUUCCUCUGACCAUGAGACUGCUCAGGGAGUUUGUAAGGUCCCCUGGGAAAAUGUUUUUGCAAGUGCUGGGGUCCAUCAGUGCUGGUCCCUUUUUAAACAUCACCUCCCAAGGGUACAGGAGCAGCAAUUCCAAAUGUUGGAAGUCAAGCAGGCCAGUCAAGAGCUGAACAGGGAUCUCCUCUUGGAUAUCAGGUGGAAAAGGAAGGUGUGUUCCAGUGGAAGCAAGGUCAGGGGGCAUGGGAACAACACAGAGGUGCUUCUCCCCAUUAGAGGAAGAAAAUUUGUGUGGUCAAAGCUCAGCUGGAGUUGGAGCUGCCAGAACUGUGGGGGACAAGAAAAGAGUUUUUUUCAAAUGUAUCAAUGGCAAAAGUCAGUGUAGAAAUACCUUUAGCUCUUUCUAGGAUGGGGAUGGGCACCUCACAAACAGGGACAGGGACAAGGCAGAGGUGUUGAACACAUUUAACACACUUUGUCUCCAACGUGGGUCACAGACCAAGAGGGUCCCAGUGCCCUGACAAUGAUCAGCUCCCAAUCAGCCUGAAACUGCAGAUCUGCAGCUGAAUCCCUGCAAAUCCUGAUGGGAUUUAUCCAAGAAUCCUCAAAGAGCUGCUGAUGUCAUCAUGAAGCCCCUCCUGGUGAUUUUUGAGCAGUCUGGGGAAUCCAGAGGGGUCCCAGCUGACUGGAAGCUGGGGAACGUUGUCCUGAUUUUCAAGAAGGGCACGAAGGAGGACCCUGGGAACUACAGGCCCUGUAAAAUCAUGGAAAAGGAUGUUCUGGGAGGUUCUGGAAAACACCUGGAGGACAAUGCAGUCAUGGGUCACAGCCAGCACGGCUCCGUGAGGGGAAAGUCCUGCCCGUGGAACCUGAUUUCCUUCUACAGCAGGGUGAGCCAGCUGGCUGAUCCAGGAAAGCCAGGAGAUGGAAUCUUUUUGGACUUCUGCAAAGCUUUUGAUGCUGUCUCCCACUGGAACCUUCAGGACAAAGUGUCCAUCCUACAGCUGGAGAAACACAUCAUGGGAUGGGUGAGCAGCUGGCUCAGGGGUCAGGCACAAAGGGUGACAGUGACGGGGUGACACCAGGCUGGCAGCAGUCACACUACAAAUAACACAUUAAACUGUCAGAGUGUCCAGAGGAGCCAUGAGGAUGGGAAGGGCCUUGAGGAGAAGCCGUGUGAGGAGCGGCUGAGGACACUUGGAAUGUCCAGCUGGAGGAGAGGACACUGAGGGAACCCUCAGCAUCCUCCUGAGGGAAAGGCAGAGGCAGGAACUGAACUCUUCAUUGUCAUAACCAGGGACAGGAGCAGGGAACGGCUGGGGCUGGGCCAGGGAGGGUUUGGUUGGAUUUCAGGAUUCUCCCCCAGAGGUGCUGGCACUGCCCAGGCUCUCAGGGAAUGGGCACCGAGGCUCCCAGAGCUCCAGGGGUUUGGACACCCAGGGAUGGCCAGGUGGGAUUGUUGGGGGGGAGCUGGAGUUGAUCAUCCCUGAGGGUCCCUCCCAGCUCAGGAUAAUCUGUGAUUAAUGAGCUUCGUUAAAUCAGUCCCUGGGGAUCACCCACUGCCACUUUCUUUCAGUUGGAUCUUCUGGGUGUCCAUGAGGGGGAAAACAAGGAAGCCUUGGAGCUGCCAAGGGCAUGGGAGAGAAACCAGUGAGCAGGGAGGAGACUCCUGCUCAUUCUGAACCUAAAUGUUGAGUACAGAAAUGGGAAGAGCUUUUUCCUUUCUUUAUUGUGUAAUAUUUCAUGUUGGAUUAGGAUGAACUGAACAGAAUCACUUUGUCCUUGUGCCAUCAUUCUGUACAGUGUUUGUAUAUAUGAUGGUUUUUAGAAUGUUUUAAUUUUUAUGGUGCCUGCUUUUCACGUCAUAAUGAAUUAAUGUGCCUGCAAAGAAUGCUUUAUGUAUUCUUAAUUUCCUAAUUGCUGAAAGUGUAAAGAAAAAACAAAAAGCUUUUGUUUUCCAGAUAUUAAGCUCUGAGAAAUAUCAGACUGAUGGGAUGGGAUUUUGGGAGGGAGGAAGGAAACUAACUUUAUAUUCUAGUGGGUUUUUUUAUUGUCAUCACACUUUGGUUUGUUUUUUUUUUUAUUAUCUACAUCUUUUUACUCUUACAGUAGAUUGUUUUUAAAUAUACCACUGACUCAAAAAAAAUAAACUAUUAUUUUAAAAGCU